CCACAGUAUCAGAGAAAAUGGCAACGCAAUAAGGAAAUGGAGGAGGAUUCGCUUUACUUGCAACUGCAUAAGUUAUCAGCCAUAGAUAAGGAGGAAUCUCUGGACCAUAUACUCGCAACACUUUGGAAAACGCGAAGAACCGGUCUCCGUUCACCUGAAAAAUCUCAAAUUCAGUCUCUUCUUAAUCUCUCUUCUCUGCCCGAACUCGAUCCUGUUUUGGCAUGCCUUCGAUCACUUAUCAGAAAAAGUGCGCAUGAGAACUUCACUGGGGAUGAUCUCUUGAAGCUUUUUCCACCUGAUUUAUCCCUUGAUUUGCAAAGCAAUCUUAUACUAUUGCUUCAGAAGUAUCAAAAUCAAUGGAAAGAGGAAAUAUCAAGAGAACAGCAUCAACUACCAAGGACUAGUGUCUCUUACCAGGUGAAAACUAGCAUGCCACCAUCUCUUACAGCUCUCCCAUCUUUGGAGAUUUCAAAUAUGCCACUUUGGCCUCGGCAAAAUGAUCUUAAUGGACGUUUUACUCAUAGUGAUAUUGGGGUUUCUACACCACUUGUUGUGGAUAAUACUGCCUCAUAUAUUGGACCUGUUUCAAUACAACACGAUGUUAGUCCUCCUGACGACUUGGGUGUUCUGCCCCGCCUCAAGUCAAUGACGUGGACCAUGGAAAAUCGCAACUCUGUUCCAGCAAAUAAAAUUGCCAUCAUCACUCUCAAGCUUCAAGAUUUCACCAAGUCGCCUUCAGGAGAAAUGGAGGUGAAAUUUCAACUUACUAAAGACACACUUGAAGCUAUGCUAAGAUCAAUGACCUACAUCAGUGACCAACUUUCGAACAUGAGUCUUGGGGCUAUCGACUUGCUGCAUAAUACACUGGGAACUACAGAAUUCUUGACAAAUCCAAGAGUUGGAGGGACAGUUCAGACUUCUUCAGGACCGGCUCAGAAGAAGCAGAAACAAUAGAUCUCUUUCUUUAUUUAUAGCUGUCAUGCCACACUCAUGAGCAGUUGAAGAUCAUCAUCUAGAUUGUAUGAUCAGUGCCAAAUUAGCAUGAUCAGGACUCGAAGCCCAAUACUAGCAUGAACAGAAUUAGCUGCUCUGUGUUCAAGUUGUCGACAAAACUUUGCAUAAUUUCAGCAGAUGCAGAAGUCUUUGAUGUCAUGUGGUCUGCCAUGCUGUUUUUAUAUGAAGAUAAUUUCAAUCCUAUGCGUAAUUGGUGGCAUUUCUGCCUAAUUAGGUAUUCAUGACCUAGCAUCUAUCAUGCAAUCAUCAACAUAGAGGACCUAUUUUCCUUAUAUGAAGUUGGUAAUUGUAAUUCAACUUUUAGAGUGUCGUUUCACAUUGGGGACGUAAAUCACAUGGUUACUGGCAUUUAUCAUUGUCUAUCAUGCAUGCGAUAUCAUAUUGUAUUUAUUGUGAGUUGAGAGGCCAGUUAGGUCUGCA